AUGCAACAAGCUGGAAAGGGAAUUUUUCAUCAAAUUUUAAAAAAACAAUUUGCCUCUCAUCAUCUCGAUCAAAUCAUCAUCGGAGGAGAAGGAGGCCUGAGAUGUUUUUCAUCAUGUCUCAACAAAACAUCAGCAAAGGCUAAAAUUUCCAAAAGAGCCACAGCCUUGGAAGAAUCCAUCUGGUCAACAUACACUCCACUAGCUAUUCAAACACAAAGUAUUAAUUUGGCUCAAGGUUUUCCUGAUUGGCCAGUUGAUGAUUUUGUUACACAAGCUUUUGCUAAUCAAGCUUCUCAACCUUGUCAUCAAUAUGCCAAAGCUCAUGGUGAUCCAGUGUUGAUUAAUGCUUUGCAAAGAUUGUACAAUGAUAGAUCAUUGUCUGGAUUUGAAUAUGGAAAGUAUAGUCCUGAUGAAAUUUUGGUUACAAAUGGUGCUUCCGAUGCUCUUUAUAUUGCAAUCAUGUCAAUUACAAAUCCAGGAGAUGAGGUUAUUAUUAUUGAACCAUUCUAUGAUGCUUACAAGUCUGCUGUUGAAUUGGCUGGUGCUAAACCAGUUUAUAUUCCAUUGAGAGCUCCAGAAAAGGUAGGUGAAAUAGUUUCUCAAGAGUGGAAAUUGGAUUUGGAUGAAUUACGUUCCAAGAUUACAAAGAAGACAAGAGCUAUCAUUCUCAAUACUCCACACAAUCCAACUGGUAAAGUUUUUGAUAGAAAGGAAUUGGAAGAACUCUCACAAGUUGUUCUCCAACAUAAGAAUCUCUAUGUUCUCAGUGAUGAAGUUUAUGAAUUUUUGACAUUUAACAGACCAUAUUGUGAAAGAAUUUCUAAUAUUGACGGAAUGUUUGAUAGAACUCUUACCAUUAGUUCAGUUGGUAAGACAUUCUCAGUUACUGGUUGGAAGAUUGGUUGGAUUUUGGGUAGUAAAAAACUCAUGGAUGCUUGUUACCUUGUCAACCAAUAUAUCAAGUUCUGUAUUUCAACACCACUCCAAAGAUCCACAGCUGAAUGUAUUAAUCAUGCCAUUGAUAAUGAUUAUUUCAAUGUUGUUAGAAAUAGAUUGAGAGAAAGACGUGACUUGCUUUCAAACAUGUUAAUUGCCAACAAUCUCAAACCACUCACACCUGAAGGAGGUUAUUUCUUAAUGACUGAUGUUUCGAAUGUUAAAUUCCCAUACGAUCCAAAUAAUACUGAUACUAAGGAUGUCCAAUUCUGUAAAUGGUUGCCCCAAUCUGAUGUUAGAUUGGCUGCUAUUCCACCAUCUGCUUUCUAUGGACCUGAAGACAAGCACUUGGCUAAGGAAUAUGCUAGAUUCUGUUUCUGUAAGAAGGAAGAUACUAUUUUGUCUGCUGAAAAGCGUUUUGAAGUUCUCAAGAAUUAUACUUUAUAA